GAGUAUAAGGGUCGAGCAUCUACGGCGUGGAUGUAUACUCAUUGUGUAUGUGUUUGUUUCGUGGAGUAUAUUCAGUGUGUAUAUAUCUGUGGCGGGGAUAGCGGUGACCGGUUUAAAGAAUUUGUAAAUUCGCUCCAUCCAAUGGUCGAGAUUUUCUCCUUGAUUAUUGGGGAUUUGUAUGCGUGCAUGGCCACCUUGGUUCCGUUGCACUGUUAACCGCCUGUAAAAUUUAGAGCCCCGAAGUAACUGGGGUUAAAUGGAGGACUAGAUCGAUAUUUAAGCUUUUGCCUGAUGAGGAAGUACAAUGAAGUGUGCGGAUGAACCUUUUGAUUAAACACAGUACAUUUGGUUGUGUUGCUCCUUAGGCGGCACGUCUGUUUUGUUUCCACCUUCACGUCGCCGUUAAUGUUCGGGCAUCUUGUUCUACUCAAUAAUAGACGUUGCCCUUUUAACUUCUCUACAUUUUCCCCAUGCAUUUUACUGAUUUCUGCUGAAAUGGGGAACAGCUGGUGGAAGAGCUCCAACUUGUAAUACACAGAGUGUAAGGAAAUUUGUGAAGGUAGAGUUUUUUCAGUAUGAGUAAGGGAAAGCUUGUAGUUGAAGUGAUUGAUGCACACAAUCUUAUGCCCAAGGAUGGGCAAGGUUCAGCUAGUCCAUUUGUGGAAGUGGACUUUGACAACCAGAGGUUUAGAACCCAAGCAAAGCAAAAGGACCUUAACCCUGUGUGGAAUCAGAAGCUGGUCUUUGACAUCAUUGAGCCUGCAAACCUACAUAACAUGACUGUGGAUGUUAAUGUCUAUAACGAGAAGAAGUCAUCCCAUCAGAGAAACUUCUUGGGUAAGGUGAAGAUAGUAGGUACUAGCAUUGUCAGGCAAGGUGAAGAGGUGUUGCAGAGGUUUGCCUUGGAUAAGAGGAGUAUUUUUUCACAUAUCAAGGGUGAGCUUGGCUUGAAGGUGUAUUACAUUGAGGAAAAAGGUGGAAACAAUCCAAAUUCUGAGAAAAAGAGCAAAGAGGAGAAGUCUGUUGAUGAUAAGAAAGAGGGAAAGCAGCACCAGCAACAACAACAACAACGACAGCAGAGUUCACAACAGCAGGGGAAGGUUGUUGAGGAGAAAAAGGCAGAGGGAAAGCCUGUGACAAUGCAUGCUACUCCCCAGCCAGCGGAUUAUGCUCUGAAGGAAACUAAUCCCCAUCUGGGUGGUGGGGGUGUAAACAGAGACAAGACAACCAGCACCUAUGAUCUAGUUGAGCAAAUGCAGUAUUUGUAUGCCAGGGUCGUCAAGGCUAGGGACCUUCCUGGAAAGGACAUAACUAGUGGAAGCUCUGAUCCUUAUGUUGAGGUGAAGCUUGGGAAUUACAAAGGAACCACCAAACACUUUGAGAAGAAGUCUAAUCCUGAGUGGAAUCAGGUGUUUGCAUUCUCAAAGGAGCGGCUGCAGUCUAGUGUUCUGGAGGUGGUUGUGAAAGAUAAAAGCUUUAUUAAGGAUGAUUUUAUUGGGAGGGUUAGCUUUGAUUUGAACGAAGUGCCCACAAGGGUGCCGCCUGAUAGUCCCCUGGCGCCUCAGUGGUAUAGGUUGGAGGACAAAAAUGGAGAAUCAAAAGUGAAAGGUGAGUUGAUGCUGUCUGUGUGGAUGGGUACACAGGCAGACGAGGCAUUUCCAGAAGCAUGGCAUUCUGAUGCUGCUGCAGUCCAUAGUGAUGGGUUGACCAACAUUCGGUCAAAGGUUUAUCUAUCUCCCAAGCUGUGGUAUGUAAGAGUGAAUGUAAUUGAAGCUCAGGAUUUGCUGCUCUGUGAUAGGGGAAGGUUUCCUGAACUAAGUGUUAAGGUGAAGCUGGGAAACCAAAUGAUGAAGACAAGAAUAGCUCAGAGUAAAACCACUAGCCCCCUGUGGAACGAAGACUUGGUUUUUGUAGCAGCAGAGCCAUUCGAAGAUUAUCUUGUCCUUUCGGUAGAGGACAGGUUGGGUCCUAAUAAGGAUGAAAUAUUAGGAAGGACUGUAAUCCCCUUGACAGCAGUUGAGAAGCGUGUGGAUCAUAGAAUUGUCAACUCAAGGUGGUUUAAUCUUGAAAAGAAUAUUGCCUUAGAUGGGGAUAAGAAAAAGGAAAAAGAAGUCAAGUUCUCUAGUAGGAUUCAUUUGAGAGUGUGUCUUGAUGGCGGAUAUCAUGUGCUGGAUGAAUCUACCCUUUACAGCAGUGAUCUAAGGCCCACUGCUAAGCAGUUGUGGAAGCCUUAUAUUGGUAUUUUGGAGGUUGGUAUAUUGAGUGCCCAAAACUUGCUUCCGGUGAAGACAAAUAAUGGUAGAGGGAUGGCUGAUACUUACUGUGUUGCAAAAUAUGGCCAGAAAUGGGUUAGGACAAGAACGGUCAUAGAUAGCUUUAGUCCAAAGUGGAAUGAGCAAUACACUUGGGAAGUCUAUGAUCCUUGUACUGUCAUAACAGUGGGAGUUUUUGAUAAUUUGCAAAUCAGAGUACCUGACAAAGCAACAGGAGCUAAGGAUAUGCGGAUUGGGAAGGUGAGGAUUCGCCUAUCUACUUUAGAGACAGAUAGAGUUUACACCCAUUCUUACCCUCUUCUGAUGCUUCACAAUUCAGGAGUAAAAAAGAUGGGCGAGCUUCAGCUAGCUGUUCGUUUCUCAUGUUCAUCUCUGGUAAAUAUAAUGCAAAUUUACACACACCCAUAUCUGCCUAAGAUGCACUAUUUAUAUCCUCUUUCUGUUGCUCAGCUAGAAUGCCUAAGGUACCAAGCCAUAAACACUGUAGCAAUGAGGCUCAACAGGGCUGAACCUCCUCUUAGAAGAGAGGUAGUGGAGUAUAUGUUAGAUGUGGAUUCUCAUAUGUGGAGUAUGCGCCGCAGUAAGGCCAACUUCUUCCGCAUAAUGUCAGUACUGUCUGGACUUGUAUCUAUAGGCAAAUGGUUUGAUGAUAUACGCAAUUGGAAGAAUCCUAUUACUACUGUUUUGGUGCAUAUCUUGUUCCUUAUUCUUGUCUGGUACCCAAAGUUGAUAUUGACAACCUUUUUCGGGUACAUGUGCCUGAUAGGCAUUUGGCAUUACCGAUUUAGGCCUCGGAAUCCACCCCAUAUGGAUAUCCGCCUCUCUCAGGCAGAUGCUGUUAGUCCAGAUGAACUGGAUGAAGAAUUUGAUACAUUUCCCACUUCCAGGAAUGCUGAAAUUGUGAGGAUGCGCUAUGACAGGUUGAGAAGUGUUGCAGGUAGGAUACAAACUGUAUUUGGAGAUUUCGCCACUCAAGGAGAAAGGUUUCAGUCCCUCUUAAGUUGGAGGGAUCCUCGAGCUACAACUAUAUUUAUUACCUUCUGCUUCCUGGCUUGUGCACUGACCUAUGUCAUCCCUUUCCAAGUGUUGGCAGUGCUUGUUGGUGUGUAUUUGCUGAGGCAUCCAAGAUUUCGCAGCAAGCUUCCUUCUGUUCCUCUCAAUUUCCUCAGGAGGUUGCCUGCACGAACUGACAGCAUGUUGUAACAAGGUUGUUGCUGGUUCCUACAAAGGAUGUCUGGUUUUUAUUUGCUUUUUUAUCAUAGCUUGAACAGUUAUGGAUUCAAUUGGCUCAUCUUAUUCAAGCACAAUUGUACUGAGGUUGAUUUGUAUUUUUUAGGAUUGCUAGUAUUUGUUUCUGCAAUAUUAUGAUAAAGAUGCAUUACAAUGAACAGGAUUGUAUGAUAAAUAUUUGUAAUUGCUGCUGUUUUUGAAUCUCUUUUCUUUAUAUAACACUGUUGGGAAUU